AUGAGUGCCGUUAUUAAUGAAGCGGAAGAGUUUGAACAUUUCGACAACGCUGAUGAGGUUUUCGAUAAAGUAGAUGAGGAUGGUAAUCCCAUCAUCGAUGAGGAAGGUGAAAAGGAACAGGAAGAGAAGAUAUCAUACAUCGAAAUCCUAGACGCACCGAGAGAUCUACCCGAAGCAGUUGCACUUACGUUCGACCAUUUGAAACAGAUAGGUUACGAAUUGGGGCUCAUAAAACUAUGUUGGCCCGAAGUGAUUCAGCACAUAUUCGAAGAUCGGUCAAAUUUUCCGAUAAAAUAUUUGAAAAACAACGAGAAAGAGAAGGCUAUUCUUCUGUAUGCGGAAAAUUUCAGGCAGCAGUUUUGCGACAAUCCCCCCAACCACCAUCCGAGCGCGAGUCGCUCGCCGUUGGCAUGUUGGGGGCCGCGGCGGACACCGCGACCUAAAGAGCCGACGUCCGCCCGCCCCGCUUCCCCCCACGUCCCGACGGUCCCUAUACGGGGUGGAGCGGCUAGGAGAGAGGAAGAAUAUGGUAAUAUUGAUAUUUCUCAAGCGAGGGAUGGGUUAGGUGCGUGCCCCCUUGCCGUGUAUGAACGUCGCCUAUGGACUUGUAUGACUCGUAAAGCCGUCGCCAAUCUCUCGCAUGACGUGUUCGCGAGGACAGACAUAAUAGAUAAUGCACCAGCGUACCAGCGACCAGCAGAUUCAAGAUUCAACGACCCUUCUAGCUUUCGAACCUCACCACCACCCCUAUUCCAGGCUCAAACUUUUAUGACGCGGCGGCGAAUGUUUACGACUAAUGAAAAGAACAUCACGAGAAAAGCAGCAGCGGUUAGGGAGGGGGCAGGAGACCUUCGGAGGGUCGUUAUAUCGCCGUGCCCAUGGGCCCAUGUGACGACGCGGCCACUGUGCCCACUCUUCGGCAGUCAUCAGCUGUUCGAGCACGUGAUCGUGAUCCCGGUGGUGCGGCGCGAAUCUUGGGCUGCGUAA